AUGAGCGCAAGUAUUACAAAAAGAAAGCGUGGAACAGCAUCGCAAGUACCAAUAUCAACACAACAAUCGAAUGCACUUUAUAGUCUUCUUGAUUGUUAUGAAUUUUUGGCAUCAAAUGAAUAUUCUGAAAAAACAAUUGGUAUACAAGCAUUUGUAACACGAAAAUCAGUAUGUGAUAUAAAUUUUUCUGAUAUCAUUGAUGAUAGUGAAAAACGUAAUCGACAAGGUCAAACUACUAAUUUUGUUGGUCUAUUAGAAGAUAAACGGAGUAAUUUACCGUUAAUUGAUGCAUCUGUUGAAAAAUGUUUAAUGCUUAAUCGAUUAAUAUCUUAUAUUAAAGAGAAUGAAGCACGUUUUACAUCAAUUAUAUCCGACAUAAGACUUGAAAUGCAAUUUAAAAUGGCAGAUAAUCAAAAUGCUCCAACUUCUUAUGAUUUUCGGAAACGUGAACGAGAAUUUAAUGAUCGAAAAUAUGCUCAAGAAGUACGACGUCUUUUUUAUCAUAGUCAUGAUGAAGUUAAACAACCUCAAAAUUUGAGUUUAUUUCAUUACUCAAUUAGUUUUCAUCUAGAUUUUAUAUUUUGA